AUAUCCUAUUGUUAUCCUGGAAACACUUUAUAUCCCACCAUUUUCAGUACUAAUAUAGAACUAUCCUGCCACAGGCACAAGUGAGAGGCAAUAAAUGGGCAUUUAGUGAAAUAAAUGAACCGUUGCCCGUUUGUGAAGUUGAACACAGAUGCAAUGACAGCGCGGGCGCGGCAGGGGGCGCUGGGGAGCGCAGUCCCGCGGGCGCAGCCGCUCUGGCCGCCGGAGGACCUGCUCUCUAUGGCGGCCGCUGCUUCCCCAGCGGGCGGUGACCAGCGGCCUGUCCCGGCAUGCACCGCGCCGGCCACACUUCCCGGCACACCUCGCGGCGCGCUCACUUCCGGCCCAGGCGCUAAGAUGGCGACGCCCAUGCACCGGCUGAUCGCCCGCAGACAGGCGGAGGCAAACAAGCAGCAUGUGAGAUGUCAGAAGUGUUUAGAGUUUGGCCAUUGGACAUAUGAAUGUACAGGGAAGAGAAAAUACCUGCACAGGCCUUCAAGGACAGCUCAACUGGCCAAAAUCCUGAAAGAGAAAGAAAAACAACUAUUACUGCAACAGAGUGCUGGAGAAAGUGCUGCAGAAAAGAAGACCAAGAAGAAAAGAUCCAAAAGUGUGACCAGUUCCAGCAGCAGCAGCGGCGACAGCUCAGCCAGUGACUCCUCCUCUGACAGCGAGGACUCUUCUACCUCCUCCUCCUCCGAUGACAGUGACAGUGAUGAGAGCUCCUCUUCUUCCUCAUCUUCCCCAUCCUCCAGUAGCACUUCCUCCUCUUCAGAGUUCGACUCAGAUUCCAGCUCCUCCAGCAGCAGCAGCAGCAGCAGUGACAGCAGCUCUGAUGAUGAGCCCCCAAAGAAGAAGAAGAAGAAAUAGCCUGGGGUGGGGCAGGACUGGUGUGGAGGGAGUGACACCACUCAGAGGUGUCUGGAGCACACAGUUGCCAAACAGUUCAAUGGUCAACAUUUCUACUGCUAAAACUUUCUUAAGUGUUUUUUGCAUAGUUGUUCAUACCACAUGGGAGGUAUCAAAGGGCACGUGAGACUUACUGAAAGAGUAUUUUUGUGGUUUAUCCUUUUAUGGAAGACUUUACUUUUUUAGUUCUAAAAAAAAAAAUCUAUCAUCAGAUUUGUUUAUAUGAGCUAAGGUCCAGUAUCCUGGAUGUUUACAUGCUAGAAAGCAAGAGCUCUUUAUUGCAGAUUAUGCUGUGCAUCAUGUGCUGUUCCUCUCUUAAUGACAGCUUCACUUCCAUUGAGAAAAUCCUCUAAACUGUUAAAAGCAGAAGUUUUACAGUGCUGCUGUGGAGCUCUGGCAUUGUUGAGCCUGAAUGCACAAUGUGUCACACACAGGGCCUUCCAUCUCGCUGGUGACAAAUGGAUUCUGUGCUGCUGAGCUUGUGUUCUGAUGGCUUUUCCUGAUGCUUCCAGGUCAAGUCUUAACUGCAACAUCCAAUUUAACUAGUGUUGAGUUGUUACUGAUCAAUGUAGUGCUUGUCCUGCCCAGAGGCUUUGGGCUUUCCACUCUCUGUGUCCUUGGCUCAUGUAUUUGUAGUGUUUUCUGAGACACAGAGUCUGUCAGAAAGCAGCAGUGCAGUGAAUUAGAGCUGAUGCUGCUUUGGAGUUUCAUCCUUGUGCCUUUUUUUGUAAAUUAAACGUAUCCCAGUGAGACAAGGGCUUGAGAGUGGGCAUUUUGCAGGACUCCAUCAGCUUCUCAUACAGAAUAUGGUCAGUAAACCAGAGAAAUAGUAACAAAACUGGGCACUGUUUUCUAGGAGAUGGGGGAAAAGGCUGUUUCACUGGAUGCUCGGUAAGAAAAGCAGAAAAGAAAUUAAGUUCCCAAAGGAAAGUGUUCCCCUUUUGAUAUUUUUUCCAAGAAAUGUGUGUAAUGCAGGAUCACCAGGCCAUGCUGUUGGGCACGUGGUGAAUUACAGUCUGCAGUAGAAUCAAUCACUCUUUGUCUGUAACACUUUGUACAUGUCUGAGAACUGCCAUGGGAGAAGCAAAGUAGUGCAAAAACCCCACAAAACUAACAAAAGCAGAAUCCAAACACACUGCAGAACAAGGAUUGGUUGCAGAUUGGGAGUUACUUGGUUUUUUCUGGUGGAUUGAAGCAGUUGGUAUUAGUAUUUUAUUUUGUGAUGCAGUCUCCUAAAUUUGUUAUUGUUGGAGUGCUCUUACUGGGGAGGGGGCAUCACAUGUGGAAGAAUUCUUAAAUAUCUUGGUUUAGGUAAAAUAUAGUAACUAAACUAUUUUUUAUAUUUUUAUGGGGAAGAGUAGUGUGUACAAUUACUUUGGAAUAAACUGUACUUAUUUAAAUGUUUGGAAACACGUACGUUGUGUGUCUCUGUGAGCACUCCUGUGUUUUACAGAACAAGCUGCAGACUGUAAAUAAAACUACCAGAAAAUUGUUUAA